GAGAGAGAGAGAGAGAGAGCGAGCAGUGUUCCCUAGCUCAUGUGUCUCAGACUCUCACGUUAACAGGACCCAGAUGCCUUCACAGAAAACGCAGGGAUUUGCGCCUCUCCUCCUUAAUCACACAUUUUUUUUCCUGCCAUCGAACAACAGAGGAUUAUGCGUGUGUAUCAAAUUUCGGAACACGUGGAAAGCCUAUUUGCGAGGCUAGCGGCUGUCGGUCCGUCCUCCCUGUGAUGGAGGAGCGCGGUGGUGGUGCAUCGGUGGAAAUGUGUUAGAGGUGCAGAGGAGAUAAUCGGCGAAGACAUCCGCGGCUGCUGUGUGUUUGGCCAAGGUCAGAGUCUAGCCUGGAUGAGAUUAUGUCCAUGUGGAGCCAACAGGGACGGACUUUUACGCUUCCUCUCGGAAGAAGAGGUCGCCUGGGGAUGUCCCCUGAAAACCAAGAGUUUCUCUCUGUAUGCUGGGUUGCAGAGGCAGCGAAAAUCCCUCCAUCUGCAUGAUCAUGGUUGAGAUUUAUUUUUGACAAUUUCUGAACUGCAUGGCUUCAUCCAUUUCGCUCUCUCCGAAUAAACUUCCUUCGCUCUACUCGACGGGUGGACGAUUUAUUCGGCCCCGGGUUCGUUCAAUUGCGCGCAGUCGGACCCACAGGCUGCUGGUCAACGGAUGAGCGCUGGUUUUUAAUUCCAUCAGAGCAGCAGCGUAGCAGCGGCGACCAGCUGUGUUUUUUUCUGGACGGUCACAUCUGUCGUUGUUUACGUCGCUGUCCAUGGUGCUGAACCUGAGCUCCAGGUAUGGUGGAGACGCUGAGUAUCGCAGUGAUCGGUGCUCCCGGAGUGGGGAAAACUUCUAUAAUCCGCCAGUUCAUCUAUAACGAUUUCUCGGAGGUGUACACGCCGACCAGGAGCAGAUAUGUGUACAGACCCUCCGUCAUACUGAACGGGAACAUGUACGAGCUGAAGAUUUUGGACGUCCCGCCAAUCUCUUCUUUCCCAUCCAGCUCCAGCCAGGAGUGGCUGGACCUGCGCUGCAGAGGCGUGCGCAACGCCAACGCCUACGUCCUGGUGUACGACAUCUGCUGCGUGGAGAGCUUCGAAUACGUCAAAAUGAUCCGGCAGCAGAUAGUGGAGCACAGGGAAGGCAGCAGCAGCGAGGUGCCCAUCCUGGUCGUGGGCAACAAGAGGGAUCUGCAGCGGCAGCGCUUCAUGCCCCGCAGGGCGGUGUCGGUGCUGGUGAAGAAGACGUGGAAGUGCGGCUACGUGGAGUGCUCGGCCAAGUUCAACUGGCACGUGAUCCUGCUGUUCAAGGAGCUGCUGGGCAUCGCCGUGGCGCGGGGCAUGCGCCAGAACCACACCUCCAUCCGCCUCCAGGGGGCGCUGCAACGGAACCGCUGCACCAUCAUGUGACAGUGAGAAUCCCCUCCAUCCCCUCGCACUCAGGAGUGGAGGCAGUGGAGAAAAGGACUUUUUAUCUAAAUGGCUGGAAAAAAAAACAUACCCUGUGGCCUCCUGCUUUACUGAGCUGAUUUUUCAUUAUGAGGUUUAUUAGACUUGUGCGCUGUAAGAGACUUUAAAUUUCACACAAGGUCAUCCAACCACUUCCUAGUCCAAUUCUGUCACACGUGUUGAUGCGGUGGAGGGAGGGAGGCGGGAGAGGAAGCAGGUGAAAACCAAAAGGAUUUCCAUGGCACAGUUAAUUUUUCACAUCAGCUGGUCGACAGGUGGGUGCUUCGGGCUGUGCUUCCCCACGCUGCACGGCGGCAGGUGUUAUUGAGGAGGGUCUGGGCUGUAGUUGGGCCUGAUAGGACUGAAGCUGUGAGACUCAACGGGAACAGGCAGCAAUAUCAUUGAGUCUUCCUUUGAAAUUGUCACAUUCGUGAAGGUCAACGGCAGAUGCUAAUAACCACUAUGCUGAAGUCAACAAUAUAGAGAAUUUAAGCAGAGCAAAAAAUUAAAAAAAAGGUUUAAAAUGAGUUUCUGGCUGAAUCUCCUCAAAAUGUACAGCUAUGAUUAGUUAGUGUUAAACUUUAGAAUUUGAGAAGUAUAAAUGUUUUUCUUCUCCGGUCCCUGUUAUAGUCUUGUCCCAUGGUAAAAGUUGUUUGUUCAGUGGAUGAGUGUUUAGGGUUGUCUUGCACCAGAAAAUACCGCAGUCCCCUGUCACGGUGGGACUGCAAGCCCAUUCAAACUUUCCCAAGACUGGAGGACUUUAAUCGGUUCUCUCCUCCCCCUCGUUGUCUGUUUCUGACGAAUACAUUAAAAUCCAGGGAGCCGGGGACCUGCAGGAGGCUGCAGAGCCUAAAAUGAGAACCUGUUCACGCCACAUGUGUGUAUGUGUGAAGGAGGAGGUAGAGAGAGAGAGAGAGAGAGAGAGAGAGAGAGAGGUUCGAUGGCUGACGUUCUGGCAAGCGAAGGACAGGCACAGCAAGAUAAGAGGCAGAUGUUUAAUGUUUGGAUUAUGGAGGAGCAAUAAAAUCCCACCAGGAUGUCCUGACAGAAUAUUUGUACUACCGUAUUAUAUUAAAAUGCCUCACAUACAGCAGAUGUAAUCCACUUGAGCUCAGAUCCUACACAAAUAAGAAAUGGGAUCCCGGUGACUUCUACGCGUGUGUGUGUGUGUGUGUGUGUGUCCCAGACACACAGGGAGCACAGCACAGCUUUCGUACCAGUAUCAGGACAGUAUCUAAUCGCUCAUGUUGUGAGGUAAACGGUUGCUUUCUCAUCUGAUUAGGCCUCGCUAGCUACUUUGUGAAUAUGGCUGCACUGGAAGUAAGCAGGCCUUUUGUACAUAGAAGUGAUUCCGACUCAUUGACUUGCAUGCUUUUGUUGGUAGAGCCAACAGGUCAGGGUUUAAUUGCACUGAUGUGAAAAUGUGAUAUCGUGUUUCAUUUUUGUAAUACAUGGUUUUCUGGCGCUGUAACGACCAGCUGAGUGGAAUGAAUGUCAUAGAUUCUACUGGCAUGUGUGAACACAAGCUCAUGUUUCUCUCCAAGAUGUAGUGUUGAUCUGCUCAAUCAGGGCAGAUGGCUGUGUUAGCUUUUUUUUUCCUAGUAAAAAAAAAAGAAAUAUGUAGCAGAGGUACACAAGAAAGCAACUGCGUGUAGCAUGAGUUCUCAUCAGUUUGACUGUAUGUACGUUUCCAAAUAAAAAGGGCUACAGUUUUUUAACAGAAAAAA